CUCUCAAGUGCUCGGUGUUCAGUUUGUUUUAGUCUUAUAUGACACAAUGGCCGUGUUUUAAAAACAUAGCGAGCUCUUUAACCUAGACAGCAUUUUUUGUUCUGAACCAGCUGAGUUUUCUAGGUAGGCAUCUCACUAGGUUUUGAGACGCCGUCAGUGUCUAUACAGGGACGACAGCCUGGGCUAACAGCAACCGAGUGAGUUAUUUAUCUAUCGCAAACUAGCAGCACUCCAUGGUCCAAAUCCUGGCUUUUGUUGGAAUUGCCAGGCAUGCGGAUCAGGCUGCAGGGCUCUGGCCACGCGGCCCGUCUCCUCUCUGAGCUCAACCGCUGCCGCCUGUCUCGCGUCCUGUGCGACAUCGUCCUCCAGGUCGGAGGCCGUUCCUUCCCGGCUCAUCGCGUGGUGUUGGCGUGCUCUUGCACGCACUUUAGCAGCCUCUUCUCCAGAGGUUCCAGCAACCAGGGUGCCGUUCCCACCACCUUCUCUCUGGACUUCGUUUCUGCUGCCAAUUUCGAGAAGGUCUUGACUUUUAUCUACACGGGUGAGAUUUUCACGGACUUGAUCGAUGUGGGUGUGCUGUAUGAGUUGGCGGAAAGGCUUGGCGUGAGGGAGUUGGUGAACGCUUGCCAUGCCACCUUUCCUGACCUGCAGAACUCCAGCUCUGGAGACCCGGUUGCUGAAGGGGAUUUGGAAAGCGAUAUGGUGUCGGUCAAUGCCGUGGCUGCGUCUGUUAGCUCGUUCUCUGCAGCAUCCUGCUCCUCGUUGUCUUCUUCAGCCGCUCCCACUCCUGUAACUCCAUCUCCGGUAUCUCAAGGCAGGAACGGCAGGUUGAAUCGCUCCCACUUGACCACCCAGUCGCCAAAAAACGAAGACUUGCAGGUACAUUUGGGUUACAAUCAACAGGUGACCAACAAGCCGAGUCCUUUGGACAGUAACCGUUCUACAGACGCUCUUCCUGGCCUGACUUUGCAGCUCAAGACCGAGCGGGAAGAUGAAGGAGAGCAUGGAGGAAGUAACUCAGUGGACCAGCUUGUUGUCAAUGGUAGCAAAUCAACAUUUGGGCCUCAGGAACAAUGUUCCGUCCCUGAUUCUUCAGCCCAGCUUGGAGGUGAAACCUGCGCCCCUUCGUCAUCCUCCAGUGACCCCUUGGACAGUUUGCAGCUGGGGGCCGUUGCGGGACCAAUCAAAGAUUCCGAUUUUUUUGAGGAAGAUCUUUCUAGGAAGAGGCACCGACUACAGGAAGAGCAGACGGAGGGUGGUGAUCAGUGGCGAGCACUUUCAGAGGACAUCAUUGAGUUGAGCGACGAGGAAGAGCACUUCAUUGUGGAGGAAGAGGACGACGAGGACUUGAUGUGCAUUGAGAAUGGUGAAAACGGGGCGUCUCUCGGACAACUGCCGACAUCGCAGCCAUGCAAAUCGUGCGGGAUGCUACUUCCGGCGGAAAACUCCGUCAUACAAACUCACGCUGAGACGCACCUCUCGGAAACGGGUUCGUGUCAGGUGUGUGGCACCUCCUUCUCAGACCGCGCUGCUGCUGUUGCUCAUGCCCUCACACACGUGGGCAUCUUGCUCUUCUCCUGCGACGUUUGCGAGCAUCAGUUUCGGACUGAAUCCGCACUGAUUCACCACAGGCGUCAGUCAGCUGCCAAGUGCGCCCCUCAAAAUCCAGACCAACUGAACGGAGCCUCCCAACGACAAGGAGGGGAACUGCAGUGCACCAUCUGUGCUAAAUCUAUGGUGAAUGAUUUUAAGGCUGUCAGGGACCACGUUCAGAGCCACGCAUGCUUGAGUACAUUACGCUGUGGAGUGUGCCAGCUGUCUCAGCCCUCUCGAUGCGCCCUCCUGUGGCACACACUGACACACCUCUUUCCUAUUUACACUUGUCCACAAUGCGCCAGCCCCUUCCUGGAGAGCGCGCUGCUGGAAAGACACCUGUCUCUACACACAGAGGAAGGAGCGUCGGUGAAACGGGCCGACGGCAGCCCGGAGACCAGUGGAGAAGGCCAGGCCGAGCUACGCUGCUUCCUGUGUCCGCAGACCUUCCGCUCGGAAACCGCGUUUCAUUACCAUCUCAGCGUGCAUUCGAACGAGCUCCAGGGCAGCCAGGUAUGGCCGGCCAAACGCAAGGCAGACCAGAUCCUCGAAUACUCCUCAUCCUCCUCCUCGCCUAUGGAGGCGAGCGGCUCGGGUAAAGCAGGUUACAACUUAAGCCUAGGCUUCAACCUGCAAGACAAAAUGGCUCACGGCGGUGCCCCGUUUCCUGCCGGACUCGUACUGAACGGCAACUCCGGUGGCGGAACAGGGCUUAGGGAAAAACUGUAUCGCUGCCGGUAUUGUGGUAAGCAUUUCGCGCACUCAGGCGAGUUCACAUACCACCUUCGCAUCCACACGGGCGAGAAGCCCUACCAGUGCAAAGUAUGCCUGCGCUUCUUCCGUGGCCGUUCCACCAUGAUCUGCCACCUAAAGACGCACUCGGGUGCCCUCAUGUACCGCUGCACCGUCUGCGGCCUGUUUUUCUCCACGCUUAAGAUGGUUUCCUCGCACAUGGAGCUCCACAAAGACCAGCUGCCACCCGAUUUCAACAUCGAGGAGACCUUUAUGUAUAACGACCACUCUAAAGAGCCCGUCCCUAACAUGGACACCUGAAACUCGCCCUCUCUGAACGCUCCGUCACACUGUGUGCCCACGUUUACUUAGUAUGUUGAGGACAAAUGACAGUAGACUUAGAAUUUAAUUAAGUGUUUAACGUGAUUGUCUUUGUGUCGUUCGUGUACAGAAUGAGAACGAUUCUUGUUUUGUAAAGACUAAAUUAAAGGUAAAACUUUAUUUUAAAAAUGUAGUGCUGAUACUUGACCACUUGAUGGCAAGAGAGACUGAGCAAUGCUGCAUUGCCAAUCAAAUGUUUGGCCAUACCUACUUAUUUCUAUUACUUUUUUUACAUUUUAGAAUAAUAAUAAAGUAAUCAAAGCUAUGAAAUAACAAAAAAUAAACAUCUUAUAAUGUAGUUUUUUCAAACCUUUGCCAAGAACAUUAUGAGACAGUGUUUGAACACUAUUAAAGAAGUUUACAUGUGUGCUGAGCACUUUUUGGCUCCUUUUCAGUCACUGGUCCAAACACAAAUUUAGUUUUGUAAAGAAAUUCUUGCACAGACAAGUUAUUUUUGUCUUCAAAGCCAAUGUCAACCAUUUAAGUAUAAGCAGUUAGAUCAGAGGAUUUUUAAAGAUCACCGCAAACAAAUUCAGUCAAGUGUGUCCAAACUUUUGAUUUGUAGUCUUUUAAUUAAGUCAUUUUUAAUGGGAUGCUUUUCCAAGUGCUGAUCUGCGAUUACCUCUGUAUACUCUUCUGGCAACUCUUAUCACAAUAAGCUAAAGGUCUCUGGAUAUUCCAAUGCAAGUGCACGCUGAGAAUAAACCAAGACUUUUUUCCUAUGUUUUCUGAUAAAUAAAGCAGUGCUCUAGUCUAGGUCAAGGAUAUAAAUAAAAUGGUCCUUUUUU